UUUGCUUGCACGCCUUUUUUUGAAAGGUUUUGCUUUAGCACAGCCUUUCUCUCUUUCAUUUUACUUUGAUUAUUACUUUCACUGACAAAAAAAAAAAAAAAGCCAAUGUUGUUGGAAUAACGAAGGGCCAUGGCCUCAACUGAGAGCUCCAGAUCUUCAACUGCUGGGUCUCCUGAUUCAUAUAUAGGCAGCUUGAUAAGCUUGACUUCAAAGUCUGAAAUCAGAUAUGAAGGUGUUCUCUUUAACAUCAACACUGAAGAAUCCAGCAUCGGUUUGAGAAAUGUAAGGUCAUUUGGAACAGAGGGGCGAAAAAAAGAUGGUCCACAAGUUCCACCAAGUGAUAAAGUUUAUGAGUACAUACUCUUCCGUGGAAGUGACAUCAAGGACUUGCAGGUUAAAUCUUCACCACCAGUUCAGACCCCAGCACCUAUACACAAUGAUCCUGCUAUUAUACAGUCUCACCAUCCCCAAUCAGCAAUUGCAUCCACAGGCUUGCCUUCUUCUGUUACUGGAUCUAUACCAGAUCCAGGUUCCCAAACUUCAUCUGUAGGAAUUGCCAGGCCAACAUUUCAGGGUAGUCUUCCAUUAUAUCGACCUGGUUCAAAUUUAGGCCCAUGGGGUUCAUCAACUGCUCCAACCACAAAUGGUGGGCUUUCUAUGCCUAUGUACUGGCAAAGUUACUAUGGGUCAAUGAAUGGUCUACCUCCACAGCAGCAACCUUUGCUUCGACCCCCUCCUGGCUUGUCAAUGCCACCUUCCCUGCAGCAAUCUAUGCAAUAUCCAGCCAUGAAUGUGUCAUUCCCUACUACAGCUUCUAACUUGCCAGCUCAUCAGUUGUCUGAAAACACUCCUACUUUGAUGCCACCCUUUGGUGUAGGCACCCUGAAUUUGCAAUCUUCUGUGCUUCCAGCCCAGUCUUCUACAGUAGUAUCAGACUCAUCAACUAGUUUGAAUCCAGAUACGGCUUCUGCUUCAACCAUUCCUACUGCAGCUUCAAGCAGUAGCUUGCCAUUGGUAUCUGCAUUGAGUAGUUUGGAUAAAAGUGCUGUCAUGUUGUCUCUUUCUGACAAAACUAAGACAGUCCCUGAUCCCAUAAUGCCAUUCAAAGGCAUUCCUGAUUCUGCUUCAUCCGCCAUAGGGACAAGUUCAGUUUUGAAUGAUGGAACGCUUCCUUCUUUAGUGACCCCAGGCCAGCUUUUACAACCUGGAGUGCUCACAGCAUCCUCAUCUAUGUCUUCACAAACAGCUCAGAAGGAUGUGGAGGUUGUUCAUGUAUCAUCUCCAGAAUCAACAACAGCGCCUGCACCAGCACCAGUGUCAGCACAAGUACCAACACCAGUGCCAGCACAAGUACCACCACCAUUGUUAGCACAAGCACCACCACAAGCACUGAAAACAGAAGGACAGGAACCGAUAUUGCCUUCACCUUCACCCUCAGAUCAUAAGCUGUUCAGAGCUCCAAUGCACAGUUAUCAUAGUUAUAGAGGACGUGAAAGAGGAAGAGGAAAUGCGAUUUCCCGUUCAGCAACCAGAUUUACAGAAGAAUUUGAUUUCACAGUGAUGAAUGAGAAAUUUAACAAGGAUGAAGUUUGGGGUCAUCUUGGCAGAAGUAGCAGAGGUCAGGAAGAGGAUUUACAAAAUGAAGAUAGUGUUGGAUCCUCAUUAGUGGAGGUUAAGCCUGUAUAUGUCAAAGAUGAUUUUUUUGAUACAUUGUCAUGCGAUGCUCUUGAUGACGGGUCUCGUAAUGGCAGAACUAGAUUUUCGGAGCAAAUGAGAAGAGAUACAGAGACCUUUGGCGAUUUCCCGUGGCAUCGUGGUGGUAGAGGUGGCCGUGGACCUAUUUAUGGUGGUCGAGGACGCGGUUCUUACUACGGCAGAGGCUAUGGUUAUGGUGGGAGGGGUAGGGGAUAUGGCAUGGCAAAUCGUACCACCUAGUUAGCAGCCGAAAUUGAGCACAGAUCAAAGAAUUACCAGAAACGCAGGGUUGUGACCACCAAAUUGAAGACGCUCAUAAUGGCUUUGGGUUGUACUCCUAGGAGUAGUUGCUGCUUUGGGAAUGAGUAUUGAGUUAUAGAAAUAAGCAAAAACCCGAGGAGCCAGAGAAUGGGAUUUCCAUUGCCUUGCUCAUAAGUAUUUGUAUGGAUAGUGUGAGGUGAUUUGAUCUGUUUAAACCCAGUUUUUUCUGUUGUUUUGGCAAAUGAACACAAUUUUGUAUUAUGUGAAUUUUAGUUUGAAUAUUGUUCUUAAAAUAUAAGAAAAUGGUUCAUUCUAUAGUUUUAAUAUCA